CUAUUUUCUGCCGUGUCAAUGCAAUGUCAAGCGUUCGUAUGAAUUUUGUUCGAAUUAUUAAAAUUCUUGAAUGUUUUUUAAAUAAUCAGACUUUGAAAUAUUAGAAGACGUUUAUUGCUUGAAUACUUCAGACAGUAUUAACUUAAACUGUUUUUCAAUUACACGAUGGAAGUCGAUGACUUUGACGAUAUCCGCAGCAACGAAGAAUUUGGACAUCGCUUGAAGGAAUUGACGGAUGAAGAAAAGCAACGUCUUGAAAGUCAAAACUCCAGGCUGAUACCUGACGCAAAAGCUGCAAAAUUAGAACGUGAAGCGAAACGUAACUGGGACAUUUUUUACAAACGUAACGAAACAAAAUUCUUCCGUGACCGGCAUUGGACAACACGUGAGUUUCAGGAGCUUAUCAAUUUUGAUCCGGAGCAAAAGGUCGUGUUUUUAGAGCUCGGUUGUGGCGUUGGAAACAUGGUAUUCCCUUUGGUGCAAGAAGGAUUUUCCAAUUUCCAUUUCUACGCAUGUGAUUUUUCCCCACGUGCUGUAGAAUUCGUGAAAACCAACCCUCUUUAUAACACAGAUAGAAUGAAAGCAUUUUGCGCUGAUUUGACUACUGACGAUAUAUUUGACAACAUAAGCGAAGGCAGCGUGAACAUCGCGAGCCUUAUUUUUGUGCUUUCUUCUAUUCAUCCCAACUCAUGGCCUAAGGUGGCAGAAAUAGCGUUCAAAGCCCUUCUCCCUGGCGGUGUCCUAUUAUUCCGAGACUACGGACGCUACGAUAUGGCUCAACUGCGAUUUAAACCAGGGCAUAAAAUUGCUGACAAUUUCUACAUGCGUCAAGAUGGAACUAGAAGCUAUUACUUUACAGUAGAAGAAUUGGCAAAGCUGUUCGGAGAAGCUGGAUUUGAAAUUCUUAUGAAUACAUAUGUACAGCGUCGUACUGUUAAUUUCAAAGAAGGAAUUGAUGUUCCCCGAGUCUUUGUUCAGGGGAAAUAUAAAAAGCCCAAUUUCAAUGGUUGAAGAUGAAUCC